GCAAUAAGAGUCAAUUCAGAGAAUCUGACAAGCUUCAGCUGGGCCUGAAAAGCAGCUAUCUGCCAUGUGCCAGACGGAACUCGAAUGCCACUUCGGGGAUCCCCAGGUGAAAGGGCUGCUCCCUUUCCUCCCUCAAAGUUUGCACAACUGAGUUGUGACCCCCUCACCUGUGCCAGGUCUGAGCUGGAGGCUGGAAUCACAGUAAUAUACAAUCCCUGCCCUGCAGAAGUUAACCGAAAACAGGUAAAUCAUAAGAUCAUGUGUAUGGGUGGUAGUGGGAUUUGAAAUUGUGCAGGGAAAGGGUAUUCUGGACCUGUGUGUGCCUGGGCCUAGAGGUGUGGAAAGGCAAGGUGUGUUUUUGCCUGUGGGUAUGGGUGGUGAUAGUGAAGGAAAUCACUGAAACAGACCCAGAAUCAUGAGCCUGUCUUGGGGAGUUUGUGAUAUGGUCAAGUGGGGACAGCCAAUAGGCAGGUAGAUGUAGAGAGCCAAAGAGGGAAACUUUAGUUAUCACCAACAUGUAGGGCUGGGAGCCCUAGCAGAGAAAAGGCUGGCAGAGUCUAGUGCACUGGUUCUCAGCAGGAGAUAAUCUCCCCCACCCCCAGAGGACAUCUGGCAGCGUCUGGAGACACUUUUGGUUGUGCCAACUGGUGGAUGCUAGCGGGUAGAGGCCAGGGGUGGAGCUAAACAUCCUACAAUGCUUCCUACAACAGAGAAAUGUCAAUAGUGCCUAAGUUGAAAAAACCCUGGCGUGGUGGACUGGUUCUCAAACUUCUGGUCUCAGGAUCCCUUUAUAUUCUUAAGAAUUGAGGACAUCCAAAGAGCUUUUGCUUAUGUCAUGCAGCCUCUGGAAAAUUCCACCGCAUGUGCAAGAGAGAAUGACCAUGAAAAAGUACUGUUGUGAAUAGUUUUGACUUUGUGAACCCCCUGAAAGGGUUUCCUGAACCGGUAGAAAGCCUAGGACCACAGUUUGAGAAUCUCUGGCCUGGUGUUUUAAGGUGCCAACUCUGGAACUGGAAUUCCUGAGUUCGAACCACAGCUCCACUACUUACUAGGUGGGGCAAAGUGAAUUAACGUUUCUGUGCUCAGCAUCCCCAUUGUUGCCCAUAGGCAACCUGCUGCCUAAGACUACUAUUUACGUGCAAUAAAACACCUAAACAGGGUCAACUAUUAUUAGUACUGCAACUCCAACAAAUAUACCUGGCCUGGGGCUGACUUGCCUUCAACACGUUUAUCAAGAGAAUAAAUCUAGUUCACGCAGGGAAGAGGCCCGAAGGGCUGGGCGGCGCCCUGGAAGUGGUGACCUCUUUUGCAUUAGGUUUUGAUGGAGGAGAAGGGAAGGGUAGUGCAAUGAAAUAAGGGUAUUCUGGUCAGGCUAGCAAAAACGCCGCUCCCAGGAUAGGGGCCCGCGGUCCCCAGCAGAGCAUGGGACCGAGAAGACCUGGAACCUUUGUGUUCCCCUGAGCGCUCCCCAAUACAUGUCCUCGUCCAUCCCGGGGACCUCUACCUGCACCUUCCACAGAACCGUUUGCCCCGACUCAACAUGGCGUUAGAAUCCCACAAGACACCUUUGUCUUUAGUUCCCAACUGGAGGCUUUACCCCGCCUAUUCGUCGCAGAGAUCACCGCUCAAGGUCCGAUGCCCGCCUAGCCCCUCGAAGCGUCCGAGCGGGGGCUCCCUUUUCAAGAUGGCAGUAGCCCCCCGGCUGUUUGGGGGGCUCUGUUUCCGUUUCCGGGGACAGAAGCCGGAAGUAGCAUUUAUGGGGACUUUUCCUAUCCCCAGCUGCGAUGACUGUGAGAGGAGGCGAACGGCCAUGGCGGCGGUGGCAGAGAGUCCGGCGGCUGCGGCUGCGGCCGAGGACCGAGAGCCACAGCGUAAAGCGGUGCCGGGCCUGGAGAGCCAGCGGCGCCAGAUCGAGAACGGCGAGAAUGGGCGAGGGCAUCCGCUGCGGGCGGGCGAUAGCUGGUUCCUCGUGGAGCAGCACUGGUACAAGCAGUGGGAAGUAUACGUGCAGGGAGGAGACCAGGACCCCAGCACCUUCCCUGGCUGCAUCAACAAUGCUGAGCUCUUUGAAGACCAGGUAAACUGGCGCCUCAAGAAGGGACUGGUGGAAGGUGAGGACUAUGUGCUGCUCCCAGCGGCUGCUUGGCAUUACCUGGUCAACUGGUAUGGUCUAGAGCAUGGCCAGCCUCCCAUUGAACGCAAGGUCGUGGAGCUGUCCAGCAUCCAGAAGGUUGAAGUGUACCCAGUAGAACUGCUGCUCAUCCAGCACAGUGAUAUGGACACAGCUCACACCGCUCAAUUCAGCCGCACAGAUUCUGUUGACCUAGUUCUGCGCACCGCUCAAGAGCAGUUUCUGGUGAGCCCCCAGGAAGAGACACGGCUGUGGAUCAAGAACGCGGAGGGCUCUUUUGAGAGGUUGUGCAACACACGUGUCACAGUGCUUGACGCCGCUCUCAAGACUGGGCAGGUGGUCAUCAUGGAGACCCGAAACAAGGAUGGCACUUGGCCCAGCGCACAGCUGCCCGCCAUGAGCAGCGCGUCGGAGGAGGAUGAGGACUUCCAGGGCCAGCCGGGCAUCUGUGGUCUCACCAAUCUGGGCAACACGUGCUUCAUGAACUCGGCCCUGCAGUGCCUCAGCAACGUGCCACAGCUCACCAACUACUUCCUCAAAAACCGCUACCUGGAGGAGCUCAACUUCUGCAACCCACUGGGCAUGAAGGGGGAGAUCGCAGAGGCCUAUGCGGACCUGGUGAAGCAGGCGUGGUCCGGCCACCACCGCUCCAUCGUGCCCCACGUGUUCAAGACCAAGGUCGGCCACUUUGCGUCCCAGUUUCUGGGCUACCAGCAGCAUGACUCACAGGAGCUGCUGUCGUUCCUCCUGGAUGGGCUGCACGAGGACCUCAAUCGUGUUAAGAAGAAGGAAUAUGUGGAACUGUGCGAUGCUGCUGGGAGGCCAGAUCAGGAGGUUGCUCAGGAGGCCUGGCAGAACCACAAACGGCGGAACGAUUCUGUGAUUGUGGACACUUUCCAUGGCCUCUUCAAGUCCACGGUGGUGUGCCCUGAUUGUGGCAACGUGUCUGUGACCUUCGACCCCUUCUGCUACCUCAGUGUCCCAUUGCCUAUGACCCACAAGAGGGUCAUGGAGGUCUUCUUUGUCUCCAUGGACCCCCGCCGCAAGCCAGAGCAGCACCGGCUCGUGGUCCCCAAGAAAGGCAAGAUCUCGGAUCUGUGUGUGGCUCUGGCCAAACACACUGGUGUCUCGCCAGAAAGGAUGAUGGUGGCCGAUGUCUUCAGUCACCGCUUCUAUAAGAUCUACCAGCUGGAGGAGUCUCUGAGCAGCAUCUUGGACCGAGAUGAUAUCUUCAUAUACGAGGUGUCAGGCAGGGCUGCUAUUGGCGAGAACUCCAGAGAGGACGUUGUGCUUCCUAUCUACCUGCGGGAGCGCACCCCAGCCCGGGACUACAACAAUUCUUACUAUGGCCUGAUGCUCUUUGGGCACCCGCUCCUGGUGUCGGUGCCCCGGGACCGGCUCUCCUGGGAUGCCCUGUAUCACAUCCUGCUGUACCGCCUCUCACGCUAUGUGACCAGACCCAGCUCGGAUGACGAGGAUGAUGGGGAUGAGAAAGACCUGGAGGAUAAGGACAACCUCCCUAAGCCUGGACAUGUGGCUGGGGGCAGCUCCCAAGACCCUGGGCCGGAGCAGGCUGGGCCCAGCUCUGGAGUCGCGGGCGGGAGCCGGGCCCCCGUGGACAACUCCCCUGGACCAUCCCACUGGCCCCAGAGAGCACGGCGCAAGCACCUCUUCACCCUGCAGACAGUGAAUUCCAAUGGGACCAGCGACCGCUCGACCUUCAACGAGGAUACCCAUGCCCAGCCGUACAUUGCCAUCGACUGGGAGCCAGAGAUGAAGAAGCGUUACUAUGACGAGGUGGAGGCUGAGGGCUACGUGAAGCAUGACUGUGUUGGGUACGUGCUGAAGAAGGCUCCGGUGCGGCUGCAGGAGUGCAUCGAGCUCUUCACCACCACUGAGACCCUGGAGAAGGAAAACCCCUGGUACUGCCCCAAUUGCAAGCAGCACCAGCUGGCCACCAAGAAGCUGGACCUGUGGAUGCUGCCGGAGACGCUCAUCAUCCACCUGAAGCGCUUUUCCUACACCAAGUUCUCCCGCGAGAAGCUGGAUACCCUUGUGGAGUUUCCUAUCCGGGACCUGGACUUCUCCAAGUUUGUCAUCAAGCCGCAGAACGAGUCGGCCCCAGAGCUGUACAAAUAUGAUCUCAUCGCAGUUUCCAACCAUUACGGGGGCCUGCGGGAUGGACACUACACGACAUUUGCCUGCAACAAGGACAGCGGUCAAUGGCACUACUUCGAUGACAACAGUGUCUCACCUGUGACUGAGAAUCAGAUUGAGUCCAAGGCAGCCUAUGUCCUAUUCUACCAACGCCAGGAUGUGGCACGCCGCCUGCAACCCCAGCCCAGCUUAUCUGACCCCCCAGCGUCCCCAGCCUGUGGUACCCCGGCCAACUCUGAGUUCAUGGAUAUAAAUUGAGGGCCCCUGGCCCUGCCACAGGGAAGGUAGCUAUCUCUGCUCUCUUCCUUCCCAGCUCCACCCCUGUCCUCUUACCUGUGUUAGGUGCCCCAUGCCAGACGCCACAGGCUUAGUCGUGGCUACUGUCCUGUGCUGCUAUAUUGCUUUCUCCUGGGGAAGAAGAGGCCAUGUCUCCUUCCAGCAGUGUGUUCCCUACCUGUGUUUGCCCCUAGAGCAUUAACCCUCCCUUCUAUUCUCUAUUUAUGGUUGUCCCCUUCCCUCUUGUCCUCAACCUGGGGUGAACUGAGGGGUUGGUGGUGGGAUGCACCUGAACACAGAGUGUAUUUUCUUAUUGAGACUCUGUACUUCCUGCUGUGUACAUAUAAACGUGCCAGUGUGUUCCUUGGCA